AUGGGUUCCGAUCCUCAAUACGCAAAGUAUCCUCUCCUUCCAAUCGCCCAACACAUCUUCACCAUUACAAACCCAUCUGCUGCCAAAGCAACCCAACAAACAUCUUUGAAAAGCCUCCAAGAUGCAAUUGCCGAACAUAAGAUGGCACCUCUUUACAGAUACUUGGCACACCCACAGGAAGGUAUUCUGAAUGAUGCCGGAGUUACUUCUUCAAAUACAACGAGCAGUGUUGGUAGAAAGCCAAGUGCGGCUGGAUUGGUGGCGAGCAAAAACUCAAUACCAAAGGUCGAUUUACCGUGGGAUGAAGCUUUGUAUCAAAAAUUAACAAAGGAAAAUGAAGAGGAGCUGGAGGGGUUCAAGAAGGAGGAGGAAGAAGCAGCCGAAAAAGCUGGAGAUACUGAAGUACAGGCUGCAAGAGGAAAGCGGGCAGAAUUUUGGGCUAGAGUUGGAGACAAGGACCGUGCUAUUGCUGCGUACGAAGAAGUAUUCGAAAAGACUGGUGUUUUGGGAACUAAGAUUGAUCUCGUCCUCGCAAUCAUCCGCAUGGGAUUAUUCUACGGCGACAAGUUAUUAGUCAAGAAGCACGUUGACCGCGCAAAGGCUUUAGUAGAAAGUGGUGGAGACUGGGAUCGUCGAAACAGAUUAAAGGCAUAUACCGGACUCUACCUUUUGACUGUCAGGUCAUACAACCUUGCCGCACCACUCCUCUUAGACAGUCUCUCCACCUUCACCAGUUACGAACUCUGCUCAUACUCAUCCCUCGUCGUAUACUCCGUUCUCGCCGGCUCAGUCUCACUCAAACGUGUUGACUUCAAAUCUAAAGUCGUCGAUGCCCCAGAAAUCAAAGCAAUUCUCGGAGAUGGAGAAGAUAAACUUUUAGCAUUAUCAGGCGCCAUCUCCGCUGGUCCUGGUGCUGAUGAAGAGAUGCAAGAUAUUACAUCGGCAACUCCUACCGCUACUAAAACCGCAGUCAACCUCACCACCCUCGGCACAGGCACAGAUGUCCAAGAAGCAGAGGCAGCACUCGAUUUCUCCCCUCUGGCUCAACUCGUUUCAAGUCUUUACACUGGUAGCUACCGUUCAUUCUUUGGAGCCCUCGCUGCUGUCGAAGUCAACUUCCUUACUCAAGACCGUUACCUCUAUGAGCACCGUGGUUGGUUCGUCAGAGAAAUGCGUUUGAGAGCCUACCAACAACUCCUUCAAAGUUACCGAGUUGUAGGUCUCGAGAGCAUGGCCAAUGAUUUCGGUGUUUCAGUCGAUUUCCUUGAUCGUGAUUUGGCAAAAUUCAUCGCUGCGGACCGUAUCCCAUGUACCAUUGACCGCGUCACUGGCAAAGGUAUUAUCGAAACCAACAGACCCGACGAUAAGAAUAAGCAAUACAAUGAUGUUGUUAAGCAAGGUGAUCAACUUAUCACUAAAUUGCAGAAAUAUGGACAGGCGGUUAGAUUGAGGGGGAGCGAGAGAGCUUAA